CCACAGGUGUGGAAAUCUGAAUAUAGAUCAAUGCCGUGUUCAAUUUCCAUGUGAAGCCUCUUUGUUAGAGGUCUGGAAGUGUAAAUUAAAUUGAAAAAAAAAAAUAUCAGAAAGAUGAAUACGAACCUGCUGAUCAUGAUCCUGGCAUUUUCGGCCGUGAGUUUGUCACACGCGGCCCACGUAUAUUUGGGAACCAUCGUCUUCGCCAAUGUCUUGUACAGACAUGGAGAUAGGACACCUAUAGAUCCUUACCCAAAUGAUCCUUACAACAAUGAAAGUAUUUGGCCAGUUCCAUAUGGUCAGCUAACAAAUGUUGGGAAACAUCAACACUUACUGCUUGGUCGUUCGCUUCGCAAACGCUAUUCGCAUCUUCUAAGCAACUUCUAUUCUCUAUAUGAUAUCUAUAUUCAAAGUACAGAUGUAGAUCGUACUUUAAUGUCAGCAGAAUCGCAUCUUGCUGGCCUAUAUCCGCCAAGUGGUAAUCAAGUAUGGGAUAAUAUUAAAUGGAUGCCUAUUCCAGUGCAUACUAUUCCGGUAGAUAAAGACCAUGUAUUGGCUGCUAAGAAAUAUUGUCCUAGAUACGAUUAUGAACUGGGAAAAGUUCUUAAAUCACCAGAAAUUAAACGCAUAGAUAGAGAAAACGAACACCUGUACACAUAUCUAACAGAGAAAACAGGAAAGAAAAUUUCAUCCCUUAUAUCUGCAGAGCAACUGUAUAAUACUUUAUUUAUCGAGAGUAUUUAUAAUAAAACACUCCCGGAAUGGACAAAGUCUGUGUUUCCUGAUAAACUUAAACCACUCGCAGAGAAAAGUUUUACAAUCGAAACUUACAAUAAAAUACUUCAGAGGUUAAAAUCAGGAUCACUACUGGGAGAAAUGAUAGAUCACAUGGAGAAGAAGUCAAAAAAUGCACUGGUACCAGAUAGAAAAGUAUGGAUGUACAGUGCCCAUGAUGAAACUGUAGCUAAUUUAUUAAUGACUUUGAAUUUAUUUGAUUUGCACUGUCCCCCAUACACUGCUAUGAUUCUUAUAGAAUUAAGAAUAAACUUAAAAAAUCAGUAUUUUGUAACGGUAUCUUAUAAAAAUUCUAGCGAAGAACCAAUUCUAUUAACGCUACCUGGUUGUACCGCGUUAUGUCCUUUAAAUCAAUUUAUUACGCUAACUAAAGAUGUUAUACCUAUAAAUUGGGAAAAAGAAUGCGCAAUGGAUGUGGACGAAUUUAGAUACAAUGUUAAUACAACUGCAGUUAUUGCCAUCCUGACAUCUUCUAUACUAAUGUUAGUUUUACUAAUUUUAGCUAUAAUUGGCUUUAUUUCUUGGCAUUAUAAACGAGAACACAAUCAGUAUUAUCUUCGACUAACAACGGAUCCUAUGUAAUGGAUAUAGUGGUGUGCAAACGAAAACCACAUUACUUCUAUAAUCAGUAUCAUCGUAAUCGAGUGAUUAAGAUAAAUACUAAACUCGUAUCGGCUUUUACAUACAUUAGAAAAUAAACUGUUUACCUAAAAAAGAAAAGGCUGA